AUGUCUGACCCAAUCCGACCAGUGAUUGCAGGCUAUGUUGAGGACAGCGCCAGACUGGACAGAGCCAAGUCGGUUGCCAUUGUCGGGAACUACGCCUACGUUGCAGCAAAUGCUGCUUUUUCAGUCGUGGAUGUUUCGGACCCAGCCACGCCACGCAUUAUAGGCUCAGUUCAAGACAGAUUUCUCAACGGAUCCCGGUCCGUUGCCGUCGUUGGCCAGUAUGCCUAUGUUGCCGCGCUUUCUGGUGUUGCUUUGAUGGUUGUCGAUGUUUCUGACCCAACUCUCCCAACACUCGCAGGCGCAACUUUCAUCCAACAUGGCAAACUAGCCAUUUCCAGAAGUAGUGGAGCCGCUGCGGUUGCAAUUGACGGCGACUACGCCUACGUUGCAGCAGGUGUUUCGAUUCAGGUCAUCAACAUUUCCAACCGAAGCAAGCCGCAGCUGGUUAUGCUGGAAGAUCAUGGGCAAGGCCGCUUUGAGCAGAUUGGAACCGUGCUCAGCAAUGUACUCUGGGGCGCCAGCUCGGUGGUCAUUGUUGGGAAAUACGCCUAUGUUGCAGCCAUCGUCAGUCAUAGUCUGACGAUUGUUGACGUUUCUGAUCCAAUCCAUCCGCGCAUUGUAGGAUCGGUUCAGAACAGCACCCAACUGCGUGCAGCCACUUCGGUGGCCGUUGCCGGUAGCUAUGCCUACAUCACAGCAUACUGGGGUUCUGCAUUGACCGUGGUCAAUAUCUCCGACCCAGCCAGCCCUCGCAUUACAGGCUGGGCUCAAGACAGCCUACUCAACGGAUCCACUUCCGUUGCGAUUAGAGGGAGCUAUGCCUAUGUUACAGCAUAUCAUGGUGCUCAUGGUUAUUCAUUGUUGACUAUUGUCAACAUAUCCGACCCAAGCAACCCAAUCAUCGCAGGCACAACCACUUCGCGAAGUGACCGAGAGGGUGGACUCACCCUUGUGAUUCUCGCACGGGUCGGGAUCAUCUUGGCAAUUGGCUGUGGAUGCUAUGGCUUACAAAUGUGUUGGGCUCUUACUUUUAGUACACUUAAAUUAAAGCGUCAGGAAAACGCUGAGGAGUCCAAGGAGCAGUGCUAA